AUGUAUCCGAAAAGAAAAAGUGCAAUGGAUAGUCAAAUUAUCUCUGCAGAAAUUGCUUUAGGGCUUGUUCUGUGUACAGGAUAUCGGAUAAUUUCGAAGAACAUUUUCAGUCAUCAGGUAGGCUAUGUUUACAUGACUUUUGAUACAAACUGAAUUUAUAAUGCUAAAAUGAAAUCGUAUUUUGUAGGAGUUAGGACAAAUGUAAAAUGUUAAUGCAUGAAUAAGAAAUCAAUAGGCCUAGUUUUUGUCUUUUGACAUAUGCAUUUUGAAAGUGUUAUUUUCCCUUCUGUUCAUGGUCAUUUCAAAUUAUAGCCCACUGUUUCUUGUCUAUUGAUUCUUGAAGAAGCUUUUCUCUUAUCACAUCAGUAACCCAAUACAGUUGUUUUAGGUCUAUUGCCGCCUUCACGUGCUAGUCGGAACUAGGAAACGGACAUUUCCUACUUGCAAAUACAGUAUGUUUGAACGCGGCACGUAUAUCAACAACCAGUUAGCAAGUCGAACAUUUCCAAGAGUCCUAGUUCCGACUAGUACAUGAAUGCGGCCUUUGUGAGUCUUUGUAAACCAACAAUGUAUGGCGAUAAAACAUAUUUAAAAACUAUCAUGUCAGUCCUCCUGGCAUCCAUCAUCUGAAUUUGACAUUGUUUACAUUUCUUCAGACCCAUCCUUCAUCUUAAUAGCAAAGCAAGUGGUGAGGCUGCCAUUUUCUUGCUUGAAUUCAGGAUUGUGACUUUAAUCUGUACAUUUAUUUUCUAUUUCUUAGGAGGAGAUUCAACCUGUUGACAGUGAACAGUUUGAGCUAACAAGGUCACUAGUGUGUAUAUGGCUUGCAAGCAACAUAAAGUUCCUACUCUUCAAAUGCAACAGCAAUCCACUUUCACUGUCUGCACAUUCAACAUCCAGGCUGAUUGUGAGUAGUUCAUUAAUUAAUUAAUUUUUUAUUAAUUUUUUACCCUUAUUUUACCAGGUAAAUUGACUGGGAACACAUUCUCAUUUACAGCAACGACCUGGGGAAUAGUUACAGGGGAGAGGAAGGGGGAUGAAUGAGCCAAUUGGAAGCUGGGGAUGAUUAGCAACACAAACAUAGGCACAGACACAUGCAUACAAACACACAAUAUUGUGUUGUAGAUAUGUGGUAGUAGAGUAGGGGCCUGAGGGCACACACUUAAUAUGUUGUGAAAUCUGUUGUGAAUUGAUUUUAAUGUUUAAAAAAUUGUAUAACUGCCUUAAUUUUGUGGGACCCCAGGAAGAUAAUGGGGAUUCAUAAUAAAUACAAAUACAAAUUAGGUGGCCAUGAUGGUAUGAGGGCCAGAUUGGGAAUUUAGCCAGGACACCGGGGUUAACACCCCUACUCUUACGAUAAGUGCCAUGGGAUCUUUAGUGACCACAGAGAGUCAGGUCACCCGUUUAACGUCCCAUCCGAAAGAGAGAUUGAUUGAUACAAAACAUUAUUUUAUCACUCUGCUAAGAUAAAAAACAAAUUGCAGCAAGUUUAGCAGGCAUUAUUUUGUUCAAAGAGGUCAUCUUCUGCUACACUCAAGUCCUCAAAAGCGAUUGGUGGCCAAGAAACAGGGGGAUUGUCCGCCGUAGAUUGAUUGAUUUAUUGAGUAAUUGUCUAUUUACAGGCAUUUCUGGCACUUCUACUGGAUAGCUGCUACGGAAUCAAUUCUCAGAGAGUACAUACUAACGAAGUAAGUCACCCACUAUUAUUUGGUUGAUACAGUAUUGAAAGCUUGGGAAUACUUUUAUCAUAGGCUACUUGCUACUACAAAUGUUAUUUCAAGUUGGUAUUAGAUUAUUAUUCUCAGCAGCUCUGUAUAACUAUGAAUAGGUUAAGCCAGGUGUUCUUAAACUUUUUGAGCUCGAGACCAAAAUAAGAAAUUGACCGUACCAUGACCCAAAUAGUCCUCCAACAACCCAAUUUAAGAAGAAAUAGUGUGUAUUAUAGAUGUAUUCUUGUAACUCGCAACCCACCUCUCACAUGCCAAGGGCCCACUUUGGGUCCCGACCCAUAGUUUAAUAAGAAACCCUGGAUUAGGUUAUAUCUGUAUCUCAGGUUUUAAGAAUGCAUAAAUCAGUUUUUAUUGAAUGUUUUAAUGAUUUAAUGAUUAGAUAUUGAAUUGUAGGAUUGCGAUUGUUUUCACUGAUAGUCAUUUUUUUAUCCUUCUAGCGGCCUGCAGUGGACAUGGUCGUGUGCUCUUUCUUCAUAGUGAGCAGUGUUGUCCUCUUCUUUUUGGACCAUAGCCAGCUGCAGAGCACAGUGGACUUGCGCAUGAUCUUCAGUGACUCUCAGAAGUUCUUCCUUCAGAUGGACUUUUUUGCCACCUUCGUCUUUGGCCUCCUCUGGCUAGCCUUCCCCGAUUGGCUCCUAGGAUUCCAGGUAGGCUCUUAGUACCAUAAAAAUAUUAUGAAGCUAGGUUUCACAUUGCGGAGAUGCGGGACGACAAAGAAAGUCAGCAGCCUAUAGGCUUCCAGGUUGAGAAUGUGUUGUUACAAGAGGUGAAGUAUGUUUCUUGAAUAAACGUUUGCUUCACUCUUUCAGCCUGUUACAGGUUCUGAGGACAUCCUCCAUCUUCACCUCACUAGAGCCUUUGGAGCCAUGAUGGUGGGCGACAGUUUUGUCUCUUUUACAACACAGAAUUUCCAACACAAGGAAAAGGCGUCAGUGUUCAUAAGCCGAGCAGUGGUAUGUGAUAUUUCAGCAAUCUCUUUCUCUUUUUUUUACUUUGACAAUAGAGUGUUCUGCUACUUCCAUAUAAAUACGUAAAUACAUAGAAUCAAUUGAGAAUAACACCCCAUCAUACACUCCCCUCCCCACCUACACAAGAAGUUCAUAAGUUCAUGUCAGGCAAGGCUGUGACUAGGUGGCAGUUCCACACGAUGAAGGCCUACAGGCCAGGCUCCUGUCCGUCAUUGCCGUCUCCCUAUUCUGACUUGAGACCCACACGCUUAACUGGAAUUAUCACACAAGUCUGCCAUUGAUGUCACUGACUGAUUUAUGUGAAAGGUGACUGCAUUGAUCAGUGUUUCUCUUGGUUUCUCAGGGCAGCUUGGUGCUGCUUGUGUUCCUGGUCCACUCUCAGCUGACCACCUCUGCUUGGGCCCCUGCCCAGGUCUGGUUUGGCCUGGUGGGAGCCAGCCUAUGGACAGGAAACUCCAUCUUAGGUUACCUCAGCUCUAAACAACAAAAU